AUGACAGAUUUCAAAGUCCUCAUUAGCGGAGGAGGCGUUGCUGGCGCAGCCCUAGCACACUGGAUGAGCAGACUCAGCAAGGCGAACAUCGACGUCAGCAUCACUCUCAUCGAACGAUCCCCGCAGAAGCGCACCUCAGGCCAUCAGAUAGAUCUUCGCGGUCCCGGGGUGAAGAUUAUGAAGAAAAUGGGGAUCGAAGAGGCAGUGCGAGCAGUCGUUGUUCACGAGCCGGGCACGCAGCUUAUUGAUGUCAAUGGCAACACCAAAGCAUUCUUUCAGGCCACAACGGGCGGCAACAGUGGGAGACAGAGUAUCACCUCCGAGUAUGAGAUCAUGCGUGGCGAUCUGGUUCGGAUUCUGUAUGGGCUCACCGAGAACCGAGAUAAUGUGCGGCAUCUGUUUGGAACGACUAUCGAGAGCUUCACGCAGGAUGACGAGAGCGAUCCCAAUGGUAAAGUCCACGUUAGAUUUGGAGAUGGCCGCCAGGAGGAUUUUGAUCUUGUCGUGGGCGCUGAAGGGACUGCCUCGAAGACACGAGCAAUGAUUUUGGACUCAAACUCUCCUGACCCACGCCGUUUUCUAGGGAGGUAUGUUGCGUAUUUCAGCGUGCCAUCAGAGCCAGGAGAUUCGGACCGCUUCACUCUCUGCCAUCUGCCGGGGGGUCCAGUGGCGCGAAUUGUUUGCACACGAAAGGACAUCCCGGAACUCACACGCGUUUACAUGAUGUUCCAUGGCAGAAAGGCUUCCGUUGAUCGAGCCUUGAAGACUGGAGAUCUGGCUGGGCUGAAGACGGCUUUGGCUGACCUCUACGAGGACGGCGGAUGGGAAUGCAAGCGAUUCACGGAGGCACUGAGACAUGCAUCGGAGGCUGAUGAUCUGUACUGUACACCGUUCGAGGAAGUUAAUCUUCCCCAAGGAGCGUGGUCGAAGGGACGAGUUGUUCUGAUAGGCGACGCAGCACACUCGUCGACGGCAAAUGGGUACGGCACCACAUGGGGUUUGAUAGGCCCUUAUAUUCUAGCUGGUGAAAUUGGGACAUUGUUGAAGAAAGAUAGCUCGUCGCCAAUAGCAGCUGUGGUGCAGGGAGCGAGGAAUUACGAGAGCGCCUUUCGACCGAUUGCCACGGUAGGCCAUGGUGGCAGGCACUGGUCAGCGUCGCUAGCUUCACCGACCUCGUGGAUUGGCAUCUGGAUCCUACACAUGAUCGCGAGAAUAGUGGCGUACUUAAAACUCGAACAAAUGGCGGGUCCGAGUGAUGAGACGGCGAAGUGGGAGCUUCCGGAGUUCCCCAAGUUGGGGAAGGAAUGGAGUGAAAUCUGA